ACCAAUAUGGAAACGGCUUAUUGGUUAUGACUGGCAGUUAUGAACAUAUGGGAGCUGAGGCAGAAGCCGUUGUCUCGAAGGAUCUUAUGGUACCUGAGCGGCCAUGUUGCAUGAGAGCGCGCAAGAUUCCAGUCAAUUGAACCGACGGUGCGACCAAAAGACAACAACCUCGAAUACAGCACGUUGCAGCUGAUCAAUAUUCAAUGUUGAACAACAGUAUUGCCAAUUAUGGACUAAAAGUCAGAUUCACAGUCAGGGUCAGGAACAUGUCCUUCAUCUACUCCUGGACGAGACAUGGAUUUCAGUUGCCACGUGUCCAAAACGAUAAUUGAGGAAUCAUAAGAGUACAAAAUCAUCCUGGUCGGUUGCGUUAGUCAAGGUAUGGCCACUCAGUUCAUUAGAGCUAUGCAGAGAAGCAUCACCAUCACAAACGCCUCUGGCAGCACACAAUCAUACGCACUUUAUGCAGCACCUCCCAACAUCACACCAACAGUCUCUGAUAUCAAUACCAACGCUAUUCUGGUCCUGCGUGGGGUAGCCUGUACUUCUGGACAAGCAUACUUCACCAUUCCGAAGACACCGCUGUACGCAGUAUGCGGAACAAGCUAUGGUGGAGAGUCUACUGUGGAGACCCAAGUCGAGGUUCUCGAUACCCGCCCCAUACAGAUAGGGCAAAAAAAAGACGACGGUGUCUUGGUCGCCGGUACGACUUUGGAACUACUCAUACGCAAGGGUACACCGACUUUCGCGCCGAAAGCAGACGUGCCGUCUUCAGGUGACGAAGGGUGUUUUUGCAUUCGGACAAGCAAUGAAUUCACACACAGUGAGGCUCGUGCGGGUGACUUUGUCGUCGGCAUAUCGCUUUACAAGAAGCUCUCUCGCUAUGUCGGACCCUUUGCAACAUUUCGUCCGGCUCCAGGCAUGGAAUACCAAAUCGAACCGCUGAAUCGCUUCUAUCUAGCGGUAGGCGAUUAUGCUGCCAGAUCCCGCAUGACAAAAGGGGUUGAAACUCGGAGCUGUCUGGUAGACUUCUGCAAGUUGGAACUAGACAACGUGCAGAUAUUUCACACCCCACACGGACAGUUGACAGUCAAAUCCGACUUCAACGAGGACUGAGUGUUGACUACCGGAUUCAGGCAUGGGUAAAGCAGAGUCGAGGACAUCUUAGAGGUUGAACAUGCUCAGAGUUACCCCAUCAUUGGUCUUCUACGUUGGGCUGCGUGAUAUCUGGCGCUAUUCACACUACAGCUAUCAUGAACUCAUGCCUGCAACUACUCAUCAGCUUGUGGUCAUGAUUAAGAUAGAUAUAUAAUGCACUUUCAAGAUUCAACUCAAAUAAUCCUCGACAUCAUGGGACAUAUACCUGGUUGGACAUUGU